UCACGAGCCUUUAUAAAUCUCCAUUUGAAACAAAGACAUAUCAUCUCCCACCACAGAAAUGGCUGGUCCUCCAUCUCAUCCCAAAACCCUCGACUACCUCCAUGAUUUCUCUAGGAAGUCAUCAUCUUCCACCUUGAGCUCCCAGAAACUGAAAACCCUAGUUCACACACUGAUCUUUUCGCAAGUGUGUCGCGUAGCUCGAGCUCUCUCCAAAGCAAAAUCCAUUCUGAUUGAGCUCCUGAGGGAAAUCCAGUUCAUUCACUUCAUAGACUAUGUUCUAAAGAAGAACAGCAAGGACAAGAACAAGAAGAGACUGUUUGGUUCGUUUAGACUACACUAUAACUGGUGCUCUAGUUCUCAUGUCAUGCCGGUGCCUUCGCCGGUGCUAGAUGGGUUCCCCAAGAAUCAUGCCUACUAUGAUUCGACAUGGAAUUCCGUCAUUUCUACCGAGUGUGAGGACAUUGCGGAGUCACAGCUGUCGGGGUACCUGAAUUGGCUGGAAGAGAAGGUGCAUGAGAAUUGUAAAACAGAGGAGGACAAGAAUGAGAUUGAUAAGCUGGCUGAUAUGUUCAUUGCAAAUUGCCAUGAGAAGUUCAGGUUGGAGAAACAAGAGUCUUAUAGAAUGUUUCAAGAAAUGAUGGCUAGAAGUGUAUGAGGAGGAGGAGGGUCUUUCUUUCUAUUGUAUUUGGUUACAUUGGAAGUGGGGUUGGGAUGAUACUAGAUAGCCAUAAUUGAGUGUGGGUUUAGAGCUCCAUCUCUCUUUUAGUUCUUGGUUUAAUUUACUUUCUUUUUAUAUUUUUAUGUUCUCUUAAUUUCAUCAUGAUGGGGUUUGGGUUUGGGUUUGGAGAGAAUUGUACAUGAUGGCCAGGGGAGUGGAGAUUAAUUUGUGCAAUUCUUGUGUUGCAAUGCUGUAUUCAUUUGGUUGGAAUUGAGCUUGAAGUUAAUUAAUUUCUUGAAGUACUU